UGGCCAGAAACCAUACAUAACAAUCAUCCACUUGAAGCUCAAAGAUGUGACUAACCUUAAACAAAAGGCUUACCUAAUCAGGUAAUCAGGCAGAGGACAUCCUCCAAUAUCACUCUUUGUAAAGGCGAACUGGUCCUUGAGUAUUCAUUUCAUUUGCCUAUUUGCUCAAGCUUCACAUUAUUCCCUCGCACCAAAAUGGCUCAGCUGUUCUAGCAGAAGGUGGUCCUCAAAGUUCUAACCAUGACUGAUGACAAGACCAAGCAAAAAGCAAUAGAAGCUGCUGCAGACAUUUUUGGAGUUGAUUCAAUCGCGGCGGAUCUAAAGGAUCAGAAUCUGACAGUGAUAGGACAAAUGGAUGCAGUGGCAAUAGUGAAGAAGUUGAAGAAAGUAGGCAAAGUGGACAUACUGUCAGUUGGACCUGCCAAAGAAGAAAAGAAAGAGGAGAAUAAUGGGGAGAAAGAAGAGAAGAAAGAGGAAAAUGAAGCAGAAAAGAAGGAAGAUAAUAAAUAAAAAUUAAACAAAGAACCCGUCCUCUCAGCAAAUAAUGCUUACUUCUCCUUUUACGUUUUUUUUCAGAAAUAAGGUUUUGAGAAUUGCAGUGGUAUAAUUUCUGCAACUCUCUGUCAGCUAAAAAAAAAGUUAAUUCAAGCACAAUCAAUGAGCUAUGUGAAACGGUUUUUGGUUUACGAAAGUGUUAUGAGCAAAAAUAAAAUGGAUCAUGUGGGCUGGAAUAUAGUCCAUUUAUUUUGGCUGUUAACCGUUUCUGUUGAGAGUGAGCAAGAUAGUUAUUGUAUGGGAAUUGAUAACUGGGUGAAUAUGAUUGUUAUAUAAAUUAUACGGACAGUUUGUACAAAUCAGUGAAGGAAUUACAACAAUUUCUUCAAUUU